GUCACUAAAAGGUGUUGUUAAAUUUCAUUAGAAAUCUCGUGAUCAUCUUCAUUACCUACAUGUAGAAAAAUGUAAAUACAUUUCUUAUCUCGAAGCGUAUUUGAGUUGUAUAGUUAAGUACGUUAAAAGAGUUACAAAAAAAAGAAAAAUUAAAAAAAUGCCAUCAGAUGUUAUUACAAUUGUUGUAACAACGGGAAUUGGAGUAAGUGUUGUCGCGGGUGUUUUGUCAGGAGUUUGUUAUAUUCUAAUACAAGGAGGCAAAUCAAAAAGAAGACGUAAUCCGGCGUUGCUGUGGCACUGUGCUGUAUGUGGAACCUAUCUCCGUUCGUGUUUAGCAGAAGACAUAAAAAUAGUGAUAUGUGUAGAAUGCGAAGAAAGGGUUUGCAAACAGCGCUGUUCCAAAUACGACUGUCGUCGGAAGGGUUGGACGUGUUAUGCAUGCCUAAAAAGGCCUUCCUGGAUACAAACCAUUUUACAAUCUCUUCCUUUACGUAAUAAUAACAAAGGUGUUUUUGCGGUUACUACAGUAUCCAAACGAAGUGAAAAUAUGGAUGAAUUUGAUCUCAAACGAAAGCGCGAAAAAAUGCUUGUGAGAGAUUUUAUAGAAAAGCUAGUAUCUUCGCUGUUGGGAGCGAGUGUAGAUGAUGCCAGUAUUUCCAGAAUAUACAAAGAUAAACACUAUGACAUUCUUUUUACGAAAUAUCAUCAAGAAUUAAAAGACACAAUUAUCAACUUAAGUUCAACACUACAUUCGUCCAUAUGUGAUGCUCCGUUUACAGAAGCGAAUACGUCCUCAGCCCACACCAAAUUAAAAUACACGAUAGAAAGGAUAUUUGAAGAAGCUUCUCGAUUACCAUCUUUUCGGAAACUUGUGGAAAAUCAUGCAUCUGAUUUUAGCGACGGCGAACAAACCUACGAGGGAUUACUCGCAACUGCUAUUUUAAACAAAAUAAUCCUCAAGCAUGAAAACGAUCUGCCAUCUACCUCAACAGCAUCAAUUCCCGAUGACCAACAGAACAAAAAAUAUACUUUUAAAAAUGGUUCUUGGGAAACGGAAGCCAGCGAUAUAGAUUUGGAUUUUAGCUCCCUUUCCAGCAGUGAUUCGAAUCCAAGUUCUACGAAAUACAUCGAUCGCGUAUCGUGGACCAUACAACAACAGAUCGAGGAAGAAGCGUCUACAGAAAUACUGGACUUUGAUGACCGACCCUUAAGCCGAACAAAUUCCUUGCUCAGUAACAGCGACUCAAAUUGGUAUCUCCAACGACGACAAUUUCACAGCUCAAACUCACCAGUUCCCGUUCCAAUGUUGGUGCCCAACUCUUUAAUGAACGCCAAAGUUUUGAUUGGAGAUAAAGAAGCGGCUGAAACAUCGGACUUAUCUGAUGCUACCUCCGAUUGUGAAAAUGAAGAUUCAACAUUGAAAGAUGAUCAGUUUUUUGCCAAAUCAAAUGAGUGGCCACAGAUGUCCGACGAAGACAGUUCGUUUGAUUCAGGAGUACGAGAAGAUGAAUUUAGUGAUAAAAAAUUUUACGGAUCUAUACCAAAAAGAGAGAUUGGUGCAAAUGAUGAAAAUGUUGAAGAUGAACCUUUAGAGUCGCAGUACUUUGAUAAAUAUUCUUCCCUAAGCGAAGCUAACUUACGGUUUGGUCGAGAUUAUUACACUAGACAAGCGAGUUCGCCAUCCGGCAAACUAAAAAGGGAAGAGGAAGAAGAUAUUUGGCCAAGUGAAAAUAAUUCGGAAAAUAAUAAUAAUUCCUACGAAUUAUUUAGAGCCAUCCCUGCAACCUCAGACAAUGACCUGAACGCCGAUAGCAUUUCCCAAUUAACGAAUAAUUCCGAUUUAAGUUUAAUCAAUUAUUAUGACGUUGAAAAUUCGAAGGUAUAUGUUCGGGCACCAGACGACAACCAAAAGUUUGAAGUCAAGCUCAACGACAAAGAAGUCUUAAUUCCCGAUUUAAAUGAGUUUGUCAAAGAUACAGCAUCAGAAACAAUUAUUUUAACCGAACCCAAAGUGCGGUUCCCUGAGCCUAGUUCAGUUGAAACCAAAGAAAAAACCAAAGACAUACCACCAAAAAUUAGCGAGAAGCUCGAGCAAAGCGCACCAGUUUUGGAUAAAACCAGUCAAAGUAAUACUAGCCUCCCUGGAAAAACUGCUAAGAAGUCGGAUAACACGUGGAUAAAGCAGAUAUACUCCAAUCCAACUGUUCGCAAUUUCGCUCUUACGAACCGGGAAAAAAUUCCAUUUGAAUAUGACAGUAACGAAACUAAGCAAGUUGCUAAUGUUGCAAAACCGAAAAUAGAUUAUAAAUCUAACGAUGCAAACAGUUCGAGUAAUUUCUCAAUUCAAGACGCCACAGAGGACAUAAACAACAAUUUUAGUUUGGAGUUUUCCGACAACGGGUCGAUUCAAGAAGAUCAACUUGAUGAAGUUGAUGAAAUCGAAAUGCUUAAAGAGCAACGACUUGUGGCUCAUCGGUUAGGUGAAUUUUCAAGUUCGUUUCCGAAUCUUGCAAAGAUAAAUUCUUCGGAUAAGAAACCUAAUAAAAUUAGUCCGAAUGUAACUAAAGCUGAAACAGAGCCGGAGUUGGAGGAUACUCUACCGAAUAAAUUCGUCUCUGUAAAGGACUUGAGAAAAAUUUUUGAGAACAAAGAUGUUUCAAGUCAUAAGGAUAAGCCAAUGCAUAGUUUAACAGCGCGAAGCAUUUCGAAAAAUACCAAAGAAAAACUGAAAAACGUGACCAGUGAAUAACUUAUUAAUAAUUGUUUUAACUAACAUACUCAAAAAAUGUAUUAUUCUUAAUGUGUUUUUAUGUAAAAUAGAUAGAGUAGUAAUAAAAUAGAAAAAUUGUUAAAUGUGUUCUUAGCGAAAGUAAGGUAUGUAUUAAAACCAUUGUAUAAACCCAUGAACGGAAUAAAAAUGUUAAG